CCUAUAGCUAAGGAGCAUGUCAGUAUGGAACUUUGGAAAACACUGUCGAAUAAUCCACAAUAAUAAACAGCGCAUUAAACAAUUCACACGUUGCCUUAAUGUAACAGAGAAAUACACGUAUUUAUGUAGAUAAAUGAGACCCUUGUUACUAUGGAAAAUCCCGUCAGUCUUCCACUAUGUAACUUUUAACUGCAGCUCUAGUUCCAAUGAGACAACCUGUAGGGGGACCGAAGCUCUGCACGCGCGCUCCCGCGGCAAGGGGAUACAAAUCCUGGCGGGGAUAAGUACCUCGGCACGACACCGGCACUCCUUAACUCUGUUUUUCAUCCACCCUCAGUGAAAGACACUUGGUAUGUUUCAGGUGGAUGAGAACUACACGCGUGUAUCAGAGUUUGUUAUUGUGGGCUUCCCAAGUCUCCAACCGGAAUAUUUUGACCUAGUGGGGUGGUUUUUCUUCUUCCUUUAUGUGACCACAGUGGUGGGCAACCUUCUGCUGGUGGUGUUGUUUUCUUUGGAGCACAGUCUCCAGAAGCCCAUGUACAUCAUCAUGGUCAGCCUGGCCCUCGCAGACAUUGGCUUUACCACAGUGGCUUUACCCAAACUAAUCGCUCGCUACUGGUGGAAUAAUGGUAGUCUUGGCUUUCAUAUGUGCCUCUUCCAAAGGCACAUGAUCCACUAUUUUGGCUCCUUGAACUCACUAAUUUUACUGACGAUGGCCCUGGACCGAUAUCUGGCCAUCUGUUUUCCCUUUAGAUACCCGAUGUGGAUGACAAACCAAACCAUGACAGGCCUCACGCUCUUCUGCUGGGCGGUGGCACACAUCUUUACUGUCAUCAGCACCAUCAACUUUACCAUGAUACCGUUUUGUGGGCCCAACAAAAUCAAACAGGCAUUCUGCGACACCUUGUCUCUUACAGCUCUAGUGUGUGGGGACCCCAGCCAACUAAUCAGUGCCGCCUAUGCUUCAGCAAUGUUUAUUCUUUAUGUUCCUUUAGCUUUCAUCAUCUUUUCCUACAUUUGCAUCAUCAUCUCAGUAUUGCACAUGGCUAGUGGACAGGGCAGAAUGAAGACAUUCUCUACCUGUGUCACCCAUAGCUGUAUCAUUUCUAUCUACUACCUACCACGUUUCUUUGUCUACUCUACACCUUUCUUUCCUAACCUGAAGAUGACGCCUGACAAGGGUAUAGCGACCACCCUCUUCUACAGUCUUUUCCCUCCACUGAUGAACCCGUUCAUCUACUGUCUGAGAACCAAGGAGAUCAAGCGAACAUUAACAGACUGGGUCUGGAAAUGUAAGAGCAUUAUGCCUUCAAAGCAUGGCCAAAUUGCAGCUGUCACCAAUUCACACUGACAAGUGAUCUGUGCUUUUGUUGUUUAUAAAUGCUUGCAUUAUAAUUUAUGAGUCAGUAUGAUAAUAUGCAUGAAAAUAGGUUAAGUAGCCUGAUUAUACAAAAUAAAUUG